CUCGUCAUUAAAAUUGGACGGUUAGACCAACUUAUCACUUUCUAGUUCCCAUCCCUGUAAAACGUACCCAUCAACAGCUUUUUGGUUUAAUUUUAGGUAAAAAAAACUUACAGUUAUACCAAACCUUUAACACAUAUACAUGCCAUACAUUUAUGUAAUGGGUAUGUAUAGAUGUGUGCAUAUAAAUAUCCUAAGAAAGGAGUGAAUAGCAAUUCACACAACCAAUCACUUUAUACCAUAUAGCAAAUACUCUCAUGGCUACUAAAUUCGUCACCCUCGGUCAAGUCCACCGCCCCAAAAUCUCAAUUUCGACCAGAAAACCUCGUAGAUGCAACCAAAACAAGCCCCAACCAUCCAAAUCCAUAAGCGAGAACAUGUUCAACAAUGUUUUUCCUGGGAAAACGCUUACGGAAAUCUAUCAAAAUGACCUAAACAAUUCAGACCCUCUUACUAAUUCACUACUCUUUAUGGAACAUCAACCAGUUAAAGAAGAGGAGUCGACACAACAAGAACACGGGAAGCUGUCCAUAUGCAACCACAAAGACGACGGUAAGUCGAUCAUCCCAACGAAAGACAUAGAUUUGAGACGUGAAGUUGCUCAUUUGAGCUUGUUGUGGUACAUGAAAUGUUCCAUAAGCUUUAUAUUAAGGAAGGCAAGAGCGUUUUACAAUGAGUUUUCUUGUGAUACUUCUGUUGGGAGUAGCACUAUGGUUGUGGUCGAUCCAUAUUUUUCUGUUCCAGUUUUACCCUACAGUAAUUAGUUUAAUAUCCAAGCAUACGUGAUUAAAAGUUGUAUUUAGCAUUUCGUUUUGUUUAAUGUGUUGAAAGUCCGUAUAUGUGUAAAAAAUACGUCAAUAUAUGUAACUAAUAUUAAUGUUAUAUUUAAAUUAAUUCCGUGUUG